AAAAAACAGGAACCUCAACUUUCUCUGCCAGUUUUUCUCAAGAAAACCCUAUAAGCCAUGGAGUCCAAGCCCACUGAAAUGGCUGCUCUUGGAAGAGCCCUGUGUCUUGGGAUGUUAUAUGACUGCCGCAGUGAUUCCUUCAUUCCAGGUAUUACUUUGUGGAAUAAGGAUUCAUUUAAAAAGGAUCUGUAUGAGUCCUGGCAACCCAAAACAGAUCUGAAGUUCUCUGCUUCUGACUCUCUCUCUGAGAAGGCCAACUUCCUGGAUGUGAGUGCAUCCCUGAAAGCCAGCUUCCUCGGGGGGCUAGUGGAGGUGGGAGGCUCCGCCAAGUACCUGCGUGAUUCAAAAUCCUCAAAGCAUCAAUCUCGGUGUACCCUGCUGUACAGCCAAACCACAAAGUUUGAACAACUCACCAUGACCCAGCUGGGCCGUAUUACCUAUCCUAAGGUGUUUGAACAGAAAACGGCCACUCACGUUGUCACAGCCGUGCUAUACGGUGCUCGGGCUUUCAUGGUGUUUGAUCACAUAGCCUCAACAGUCGAAGACCAACAGAAGGUGGAAGGAAAUGUUAAUGCAGUGGUGAAGAAGAUCCCCUCCCUCUCAAUAGAAGGACAAGCAGAUUUAAAAAUGAAUGACGAUGAAAAAAACUUAGCUGAAGAAAUCAGCGUCACAUUUUAUGGUGACUUCCACCUGGAGAAAAAUCCAACGACAUACAAAGAGGCCCUUACAGUGUAUGCAACAUUACCCUCUCUGCUGAACGAUAAGGAGAAUUUUGGUGUGCCAGUAAAGGUGUGGCUCUAUCCCCUGGUGUUGUUGGAUCAAAAAGCAGCAGCAUUAAUGAGAGAAAUCAGCACAAGCCUGGUGUCUAAAACAGAACGUAUAGUGGAGCAGUUUGGAGAAGUAGAAAGGAGAUGCAACGACUUAGUCGGGAGCAGAACUGUACAGGACUUCCCUGUCCUGAAAACCAGGUUACAAACAUUUCAGGAUUAUUACAGUGACUAUAAGGUAGUGUUCCAGAAGGCACUGUGCAGGGUCCUGCCUGAUAUUCGGGGUGGGGAGAAAGAAGAGCAGGCACUGGCUGAGAUCCUUGACAUCCACAACAAGGCCCCCUUCACAGCUAACAAGCUGAACGAGUGGUUAGAGAGCAUUACAACUGAAUUACAAAUACUGAGCUCCUAUACCAAGGGACUGAAGGACAUCAGAGUUCUUACAUCCAUAGGUCAGCUCAACGCUAUCCUCUUUGAUCCUGAGAUCGAUGUAGUUGUGUGUUUGGCCUUCACCUCUCUGACUGACAAAGACAAAUUCCUAGAAACUCUAAAUGAAUUCCUCAGCUCUGAGGACUUCAAGAAGUUGGAGAAUGUAAAUGCUGAAGAACAGAAUCUUUCUUCACAGAUGCCUUGGUUCACCUCUUUUGAUAUUUCACAGAACAUGAGAGAGAACCUUUCUCUCUUUAAAAGUUUUUCGAAAGCCAACGAAGACAAUGAUAGAAUUCAGUUCGUCAUAGCCUCCAUCCCUGAACCCAGAAAUCCAGGCACCUCUAUCCAUCUUUAUGAAAAAGGCAGACUCACAGAUUUCAAGUUCAAGCCGGUGUCCAAGCCACCCCCACCGACACUGGAUGGGAGUGAAUCACUGAAGCUUCAGAAGUCCCCGACUGGAGAGACAGUGAGCUAUAGGGUAGAAUACAGACGGAUAGAUGCUGCAGAUGCUGAAGCUAAAACUGACCAAGAAGAAAAAUGGGAGAACAGAGACACUCCAGAUGCACAGGAAACAUUCACGCUGACGGGACUGCAGCUAGGGGACCAAUACUGGGUGCGUUACAGAGCUGUCAGUAAAGUGGGAGUGAGUGAGGCAAGCGAGUCAAUUCGCUUUAUACCCAAAGCAACAAAAGACCCAAGUUCUGAUGGUUUUAGAGAUUAUAUCGAGCGUUGUCUUGGAGAUUCUGGCUGCGAGCUCUUGACUCAAUAGGGCAACAUGGCAUUGAGGGAGAUCAAGGUUUCAGUUGGCCAAAGUUGGGUGGAUGCAAUCCAUGUAAGGCUCAGCAGUUACCAGGAGAAAACCUUUGGCUCUGAGAAGCAUGAAGAAUGGAUGGAAUUUCAUUUUGAAGAUGGGGAUUGUUUCUGUUCACUAACUUGUCCAGCUUUUGUCUAUUGAUGUGCAUUCAGGCGUAUGUUAUGGGGUUAGAGGGUUGAUGUUGAUGCCUUUGGUUUACUCUUUUCAAAGCAAUAGGACAGGAAGGCAGCAGUUAGUAUUAGAGAAGCAGAACCAAUUGAAUAUCAGUCUUUUGUGCUGUUAGAACCUUGCUGCUUCCACUUAACAUUUGGUGAUGGAUCUUCCUUCUUUCUUUCAUUCUUUUUUUAAUGUUAUGGCUGAUGCCAAAGUGUAAUACUAAAUACUAAUGCUGUUAGAAAAACUAUUAAGCAUUUGCCAGUGCUUAAUCUAGAGUAACAGCUCUUAAUUAUGUUGUUUUAACUUUUCAAUCAUGAUUUUUCUGAUAGGACAUGACUGUUUGCCUGGCAGACUGAGGUAGAUUUCUGUUUUACUGUCUGGAAUAGUUCCAUUGAAUCUCUCCAUCUGCUUUGUCAUAAGGAAGUUGUUUAGUAACAUCAGUCAGUGUUUGCAAUCAUAAAUAUAGCUUGGUCUAGUGCCUGGGGCCAUCUGACAUCUAGACAGAAUUAGGUCACUUCAUUCA